AUGGAAAUGUCGCUAAUGCGAACACGAACGCGUUCGUUCCACUACCUCUACAAGCAAGGCCGAACAGUUGUUCGUGGCCUAUCGCAGCAUAUCCAUUCCUCCACCUCUCACGGUAACUUGGUGGCUCUCAUCGAGUUUCCGCUGAGCAGAGGUGGUGGAGAAUCGCCUUUUGUCUUCGACGUCAAUGUGUACACUCGACGUUGGUUCGCAACAUUGGUUAAUGUGCUGACUCGCAAGUAUAACGUGCAGUCGACUGAAGGGGAAGCGAAUGUCUCCGAAGUGCAUUGGCACGCACGAGCACGUGUAUAG